UUGGUUAGUUUGGUAGCAGUGGCAGUUCAAUUAUUUGGAAGAAAAGGCAGGAAUUUGUAGAGUUCGUAGACGUUCGUGGAAGCGGAAGAAAGAAGCAUGCCGAGUGAAGGGAACGAGUUAUUUCACUGUUAUAAUCGUGGAUGUGGCCAAAAAUUUGAUCCUAACGAAAACAGAGAAGAUUCUUGUACUUUUCAUCCAGGUGCUCCAUUCUUUCAUGAUGCUUAUAAAGGUUGGUCGUGUUGUAAGAAAAAAUGUACAGACUUCACCGAAUUUCUGAAUAUAAAGGGCUGCACAAAAUCUUUCCACAACAGCGAGAAACCUCCGGAAGCAGAGAGACCUCCAGUUAGCAAAUCUAAAUCAGACGAAGUUAUUGAAUACAAAGCACCUCAGGCCCCUGUUUUCGAGUCGCUAGAAAGACCACCAUUUGAGUCGCCAAUGGUGGAACUACAGGUGGAGGUGUCACCAGCCUUAGUGCAACAAGUGAAGUCACUCACCAGGCCUGAAAGCAGAAACCCUGUAGGAAGCAAAGCUGUUGAAAUUGCCGUAGGCACGUCAUGCAAGAAUGGAGGUUGCAAACAAACAUACGAUGGCCCUGAACAUGUAGAAACUCCCUGCACACAUCAUCCAGGUUAUCCGGUGUUCCACGAGGGCCUCAAAUUCUGGUCCUGUUGUCAGCGACGCACCACAGACUUCAACAGCUUUCUGGAACAAGAGGGGUGUGUGGUAGGAAAGCAUGUAUGGAUUAAAGAAAAGGGGGCAGACCAGCAGGCAAGCUGUCGUUACGACUGGCAUCAGACGUCCAGUGAUGUUGUUGUUUCAGUAUUUGCUAAGAAAUAUGAUCCAGAUAGCUCCUCUGUGCAGUUGAAUCCAAUUCGACUUAAAGUGCACCUCUUCUUUCCUGAGGAGCAGAGUGUCUUCAAUCUAGAUUUGGAACUAUGUGGGGUGGUAGAUGUGACUCGCAGUGUUGCCAGCAUGCUUCCUACAAAACUUGAGGUGAAGCUUCGAAAAGGAGAGCCUGGUUCAUGGCCGAAACUUGAUAUUCCACGUCAGGGAGAAGUAGUGCAGGGUUCACAGCCACCGUCUGCUACUGCAAUGGAGCAACUCAUCCCUGAAGUCGACGCCGUGGAUCUCUCUGACCUGUGACAUUAUUGUGACUGUGGGGUACAUUGGAUUUAAAUUGUUGGCAUUAUUUACAUUUCAUUAUAAUACUUUCGUUAAAUUUUUGUGAAUAAGAAUGGGAGCGUCACUGAAACAGAUCAUUUAAUUAUGACAUAGUCAUAAGGACACUCAGAUUAUGUUAUAAUAUGUCCAUGUAAUUAAUGAAAGUUAUUUCUUGUUUUGUAUUAUUAUUUGUGUCAGAGGUAAACAGACAGUGUAUUAUGGCUUGCAUACAUGUUGUAUAGAUGACGAUGAAGCAAUCUUGUCCUUGCAAUUAGAUUUCAAUAAAGAUACUGAAUUAUUCUAGUGCA